AUUAAACACAUUGUCACUCACUACUGUUAAAAAAACAUGUUCUCACUGAUAAUUUAUUUUUAUUCAACUCUUGAAAACCCUAAACCCUGCAACACUUUCAACGAAGAAGAAGAAGAAGAAGAAAACCAACAUGGGAAAAAUUCCUCCUUCAUUUCGUUCCGCACUCUCAAACCCAAACCUAAUCAACCGAUCUUCACUCCUUCCAUCUUCUUCCAAACCCCGCCAUUUCCCCAACAAAACCCCCUCCAAUUUCACCGCUAAAUCCCGAAAACCACAACCACAACAACCACAACCUCCGAAACCCUUAUCCCCAUUCAAAUCCCCAAGCCUCCAGGACGCUAAAACCGUUUUCAAUUCCAUCGUUAAUACCUCUAAUGCCCCCAAUGAUUUCCGCUUCCAUAAUUCCCUUCUUCAAUCCUACGCUUCAAUUUCCACCAUUAACGAUUCCAUCGCUUUUCUCCGUCACAUGACAAAGACUCACCCUUUAUUCUCCCCUGAGAAAUCCACUUACCACAUCCUGCUUACCCAAUCCUGCAAAUCCGAUGAUCCCACUCUUGCCCCAAUUCAUCAAACCCUAAAUUUGAUGGUUUCUGAUGGUGUAAACCCUGAUAAAGUUACUGUUGAUUUAGCGGUUCGGUCGCUAUGUUCGGCUGGUCGUGUAGAUGACGCGGUUGAGUUGAUUAAAGAGUUGUCUUUGAAGCAUUGUGUACCUGACAUUUACACUUUCAAUUUCCUUGUUAAGAAUCUAUGUAAGUGCCGCACGUUGAGCUCUGUCUAUAGUUUUAUUGAAGAAAUGCGUAGUAAAUUUGAUGUGAAGCCUGAUCUUGUUACUUACACGAUUCUGAUUGAUAAUGUUUGUAACACUAAGAAUUUGCGCGAGGCUAUGAGGUUGGUGAAGGUUCUCCAUGAGGAAGGUUUUAAGCCAGAUUGCUUUGUUUACAAUACAAUUAUGAAAGGUUAUUGUAUGCUGAGUAGAGGGAGUGAGGCGAUUGAGGUUUAUAAUCAAAUGAAGGAGAAUGGUGUGGAGCCUGAUCUUAUCACUUAUAAUACAUUGAUUUAUGGUUUAUCGAAAUCCGGUAGGGUCACGGAAGCGAAGAAGUUGUUGCGUGUUAUGGCGGAAAAGGGUCAUUUUCCUGAUGAGGUGACUUAUACGUCUCUGAUGAAUGGGAUGUGCAGGAAAGGUGAGACCUUGGCUGCAUUGGCAUUGUUGGAAGAGAUGGAAAUGAAGGGCUGCAGUCCGAAUUCGUGCACGUAUAACACGCUGCUUCACGGGUUGUGUAAGUCUAGGCUGUUUGAUAAGGCCAUGGAGUUGUAUGAAAUGAUGAAAUCGGAUGGUCUGAAGCUUGAUAUGGCUUCUUAUGCUACGUUUGUCAGGUCAUUAUGUAGAGUUGGUAGAAUUGCGGAUGCUUAUGAAGUAUUUGAUUAUGCAGUCGGAAGCAAGAGUUUGACAGACGUUGCUGCUUACACAACAUUGGAGAGCACACUUAAAUGGUUCAAGAAAGCAAAAGAAGAAGGCCUUAAAGUUUAAUCGGUGGUUUGUGUCAAAUGCUGUCAAGAAUGUAAAAGUUAGUUUCAAAGGUUACAAGCCUAACUCAACAAAGUGCAUUCCGAAGCGGCCAAUACUAUUUUUGUUGGUAAUUGAUUACCAGUAUACUUUUCCAAAUUAUUCUGCAACAUUUUGUUCCAGUGAGCCUCCAUAAGCAGCAUUUUUAUUUUUGUCAUAAUUCAUAAGCCAUGCAAUAUAGAUAUGAAAUUAUGAAUAUUUUUCCAAUGUAGUAAAAAGGUUGAGAUAUGAGGAAAAGAAGUGAGGAUAGUGGCUCUUUGUUCUUGUGUCUUUUCCAUUGUUUAUGAUCAAGUAAUUCUAACCAGCAAUACUAGUUUAGUAGUAUUUUUUCCAUUGAAAAUUUA